CUUCGGCUGGUCUUCGGACGUCCUCCCUGCCCGGGAGUGCCGCCGACGAACACGCUGCAUGGACGACGGCGCCGACGACGCGUGGCACGGCUCGGCCGACCUUCAGCUGGACCAGAGGACCUGGGAGAAGGUGCAGCGCAGUCUUCACACGGAGGGCUACAGGGAGGGACGCGCGGCCGGUGAGGAGGCCAGCCUGCAGGAGCACUUCGACGCCGGCUACGAGCAGGGUCUGGAGCGCGUCUGGCCCAUCGCUCAGCUGCGGGGACGGCUCUGUGCGGCCAUCGCGCUACAUCACCUGCGCGGCGGCGCGCCGGAGCCGGCGGAGCGCGCCGGCACGUUCGUCGCUGGCCUGACCGAGCUGGAGCGACAGCUGGGCGCCGAACGACGCGGCGACGCCGCAGACUCGGACGAGUCCGCCCGCCUGCUGGCAGACGCUGAGGCCGCGCUGCGGACGCUGGCGGCCGACGGCUGACCGCGCAGCAUGGCCGACGA